AAUUCCUCAAACGGGUCGGAUCCCGUGUUCUCUCUCCUCUUUCGCCCGUAUAUACGACCCCAACCACCGACGCCAUGAUACUACUUCUCUCUCUCUCUCUCUCUCUCUCUUUCUCUCUCUCUAUAAUGGGAGAAGGCCCAGGGCACCACUCCCAGGAAUCCUUAUUUCCAGAAUAAAAUUAGCAUUUUUGUACUAUUUUUUGAUAUUUUUCUCAUAAUUAUUUGGUGGAUUUUGCAUUCCUCUCUUGAUUUUAUUGAUCUUGAGAUGAGAUGUUGAAUAAAGUUGAGAUUUUUAUUAUUUUUAUUGGAUUUUAAGGUUUGGAGAAGCGUAGGAAUUUUUGUUUUCUUUGUUUGUGUCUUGAUUUGGAGCAGCAUUGAUUGGGAAUUUGUUGGAAAGAUCUGUUCUUGAUUGGAUAGUAUGGAGUUUUGUUCUUGAGGAUAAUUAGAGAAUGGGAUUUGAUGAUAUGAAGAUGGAGAGGGGGAAGGGGACAAUGUUGGUUGGGGUUUCAAGGUCUAGGAUGAAGCUCUGGAUUAUCAGGGUUGCCACCACUGUGCUUUUGUGGACGUGCUUUGUUCAGCUCACGGCGAUCGGAGAGAUUUGGUCGCCGAGAGUGUUGAAAAGGUUGCCUUCUUGCUCUACACCCUCAGACCCUCCACGAUCCGUUAAGGCAUUGUCUUCAUCAGUGUUGAUCUUCUCUAAGGUUUCUCCUCCUCCCAAAAGAAAAUAUAAUAAUAAUGGGUAUCUAAUGGUUUCCUGCAAUGGCGGCCUUAACCAGAUGCGAGCAGCUAUAUGUGACAUGGUUGCUAUCGCACGGUACUUGAAUGUGACACUCAUAGUACCGGAGUUGGACAAAACUUCGUUUUGGGCUGAUCCUAGUGAGUUUCAAGAUAUAUUUGAUGUUGAUCAUUUUAUUACCUCAUUGAGAGAUGAAGUUCGGAUAUUGAAGGAACUACCCCCAAGGUUGAAGAGAAGGGUGGAUUUGGGAAUGGUUCACUCAAUGCCUCCAGUUAGUUGGUCAGAUUUCUCGUAUUAUCGUCAUCAGAUUCUACCUCUGAUACGAAAACACAAGGUAUUACACUUGAAUAAAACCGAUUCUCGACUUGCUAACAAUGGCCUGCAUCCAGAGAUUCAGAAACUACGUUGCCGUGUGAAUUUUAAUGCCCUGCGUUUUACUUCUCAAAUUGAAGAACUCGGGAAAAGAGUAAUCAGAAUUCUUCGACAGAAUGGCCCAUUCCUUGUUCUUCAUCUCCGAUAUGAAAUGGAUAUGUUGGCAUUCUCAGGCUGUACUCAAGGUUGUACUGAAGAGGAGGCAGGAGAAUUGACGAGAAUGAGAUAUGCAUAUCCAUGGUGGAAAGAGAAGGUGAUCGACUCUGAUUUAAAAAGAAAAGACGGCCUGUGCCCUUUGACACCAGAGGAAACCGCCCUGACCUUAAGGGCACUUGAUAUCGAUCGAAAUAUACAAAUAUACAUCGCAGCCGGAGAAAUCUAUGGAGGAAAAAGAAGACUUGCUAGUCUUUCAGCCUCUUUUCCUAAUUUGGUUAGAAAAGAGACACUGUUGGAAUCUUCAGAUCUUCAAUUUUUUCAGAAUCAUUCAUCUCAAAUGGCGGCAUUAGAUUAUUUGGUUUCCUUGGAGAGUGACAUUUUUGUUCCCACAUACGACGGAAACAUGGCCAGAGUUGUCGAAGGCCAUCGCCGGUAUUUGGGAUACAGAAAAUCCAUUCAAUUGGAUCGAAAGCUGCUCAUCGAGCUGAUAGACAAGUACAACAAUGGAUCACUUAGAUGGGAUGAAUUCUCCUUGGCAGUGAAAACAUCCCAUGCAAACCAAACAGGAAUGCCGACAAAGAGGACCGUGAUUCCCGACAAACCAAAGGAAGAAGACUACUUCUAUUCCAAUCCUCAGGAGUGCCUCAAUCUACCUGAUCAACAACUAUGGACUUCAUGAACCAUUCAUAUAUACAUCUAACACUUCCACGAUCACCGAAACAAACCCGGAAACAAGCACCGGUGUUUAUUGGUCAACAUUUAUCGGUAUGUAUACUUCGUUUAUCGAUCUUUCGGAGUAGGUGAUAUGCAUUGUAUAGUGAGCAAAGAGAGGUCACCUGGUGUCUUU